AUGACAGCCGAAAUCAGUGAGAAGGCAUUCCCUCUCGCCGGGGACCGUCUGACGCAGACCAUCCUGGACUUAGUGCAGGAGGCCAGCAAUGCGAAGAUGAUCAAGAAGGGUGCAAAUGAGGCCACUAAAGCACUUAACCGAGGAAUUGCUGAUUUGAUUGUGCUGGCGGGCGACACAAACCCCAUCGAGAUCCUUCUGCACCUUCCAUUGUUGUGCGAAGACAAGAACGUGCCGUACGUAUUCGUCCCUUCCAAAACUGCUUUAGGUCGGGCAGCACAGGUUUCGCGUAAUGCCGUGGCUCUGGCGAUUCUGCAGACAGAGAACAGCCCCAUCUCUUCCAAGGUUCAGGCCGUGAAGUUGGAGAUUGAGCGGCUGCUGUAA